AUGUUCAGACAAUCGAUCCGUAAGUUAGCCACGAAAGCCAAAGUUUCUGGUGACGUUUCGUUUAAGAUAGCAAGCCCACCAAAGUAUACAUUAGGAUCGUUGCGUAGUUUCCCAUCAUUGGAACCACAUUCAUUUGUUCCGUUACCCACACAGUUUUUCGAUGCUCCAUUGAGAAGAGACUUCUUAUGGAGUGCCGUGGUCUAUGAGGCCGAUCGUGCUAGAGUUGGUUCUGGAUAUGUCAUCACAAAAGGAGACAAGUUAUACUCCAACAGAAAGCUUCACCCACAAAAGGGUACCGGUAGAGCCAGAACUGGUGAUGCCAACUCUCCUAUCAGAGACAACGAGGUCAAGGCGCAUGGUGUCAAGGCACCACACGACUGGUCCACCAGAUUGCCUUCUAAGGUGUAUAGCAAGGCUUUCCAGACCGCAUUAUCAGACCAAUACCGUAACGGGAAAGUUUUCAUAAUCGGAGGUGAUAAGUCAGCCACCAAGGCAUCCGACGACGUCGUUGCUGAUUUCAAGUACGACCAUCCAGAAGCCACCAGACAGUUUGUCGAAGCCCAUGACUUAGACCGCUUGAGCUUGUUGUUCAUCACCGAUGCCCAAAGAGAUAACUUGAUAAACUCCACCGAAUAUGUCGGCAAAAAGGCCGAUGUACUCAUCAAGGAAGCCGUCGAAGUCAGAGACAUAUUGAAGGCUAACCGUAUCUACAUCGAGGCACCUGCCUUACAAUGGUUCAUUGGUAAAUACUCAACUGAAUCCUCCUAG